GAAAAACGUUUAAUAUUUUCAGGUGAAUAAAAUGACUAAACUGGCUGUGAUAUUUGUAUCUUUAUGUAUUUCUCUGGUUUUAGCCCAGGAUGAGUUUGUAGAUAUAUAUUGUGGAAAUAUGAACUGUUAUGAAGUCCUGGGCCUCCCACGUGACACUACCAAGAAAGAUAUUGGCAAAAGUUACAGAAAACUUGCAGGAAAAUGGCAUCCAGACAUGUUCAGGAAUGAGGAGGAUAAGGCGGAGGCGGAGAAGAAAUUUAUGCAGAUUGCCACGGCGUAUGAGACCCUGAGGGACGAGGAGAGUAGAACUGAAUAUGAUUAUAUGUUGGAGCAUCCAGAGGAGAUGUGGAGAAACUACUACAGAUACUACCGCCGACGUGUUGGUCCCAAGGUGGAUGUCCGGCUAGUGUUAGCGGUCACAAUAUCCUUAAUCUCAGCAGCACAGUAUUAUUUCUCCUGGGCGAAUUACAAUGAAGCAAUCAAAUGUUUGGCCGCAGUUCCUAAAUACAGAAUUCAGGCAACUGAGAUUGCCAAGGCGGAGGGGUUGUUAAAGAAGGAUAAAAAAGCAGAUAGAGGAAAGUCAAAGGAAGAAUUAAAAGAAGAAGAGGAAAAUAUAAUCAGGAGUGUUGUAGCAGACAAGAUGGACGUAAGAGGAGGUUAUGCUAAACCAAAUUAUACAGAUAUCUUGUGGAUUCAGCUUGUACUUUUACCUUACAGUACUGUCAGGUACAUAUACUGGUACAUGAGCUGGGUGUGGAGGUUCUACAUUAAGAAGGAAGAGUACGGUAGAGAUGAACAACUCCAUCUGAUCAGGAAGCUGAUGGGGGUCAGCCAGGGACAGUUUGAUAAUAUGGAGGAGGAUGAAGUGGAAGAUAUGCUUGAGAAAGAAUUGUGGAAACCAGAUAAUUUCAAGGAAUACAAAACUAAGAAGGAUGCAGAGAUGAGGGUUAAAAUGGCGGAGAGUGGCAGGUACAAGCAGUAUCGGCGGUACAUGAAGAACCACGGCGGGGACAGAAUGACGUUUGACGAUUCAUAAAUUUUUGUUAUUAUUUAUCUUUUAAACAAAUUUUACACAUUUUCCUUGUUUUAGAUUUAUUCACAUUUCUUGUUACUUGUAAAAUAAACAAUUAUCUAACGUUUA